AUGAAAUUCAGUCUUGUUCGUUUCGGCGGCGGUAGUCACGCAGAUAUUCCCGCUCAUAUUCAAGCAAAAAUGUCCACGAAUUGGUAUGUUCGUCAUUUCAAUUCAUUCACAACUCGUGGUCGAGCAAAUUCGGUUCUUGCUGUUCUCGGUGGUUGGGUUCUCUUCGGAUAUACAAUGUCGAAAUUGGCACAAUCGCGUAAAACUAAACAACUCGUAUCGUAG